ACUCCCCCCACACACCCCCCAGCAGUUUGGAGGUUCAUCUGCCCCCUACCCUGACGUUUUGGGGGCUCGGCUGUCCCCCUGCCCCAGCGGUCUGGGGGUUCACCUUCCAGCUCACCCCCAGUCUGGGGGUUCCUCCCCUCAACCUUUCGGGGGUUCACCCCCAACCCCGGCCGUGUUGUGCCCCCCCCAGGUGAGCUACCUGGAGAUCUACUGCGAGCGUGUGCGGGACCUGCUGAACCCCAAGAGCCGGGGGGGGCUGCGGGUGCGGGAGCACCCCCUGCUCGGGCCCUACGUGCAGGACCUGUCCCGCCUCGCCGUCGCCUCCUUCGCCGACAUCGCCGACCUCAUGGACAGCGGCAACAAGGCCAGGACGGUGGCAGCCACGAACAUGAACGAGACGAGCAGCCGCUCGCACGCCGUGUUCACCAUCGUGUUCAGCCAGCGCCGCCGGGACCCCCUCAGCGACCUCACCACAGAGAAGGUCAGGGCUGCCCCAAAGUCACCCUGA